AUGGCGGAUCCACUGAAUGCGGACGGUUUAGGAGAAGAAGUCGACACUUCACCGAUCUCUGAUGAACCUCAGAAAUUCAAGGACCCGUUAACAAGCAAUGUGGACAGCGAUGAUGCAGAGUUGGAAAGUUUGGACUUGGACACAUCAGCUCAUUCUGAAGUAAACAUUUCUCGAAGUUCCAGUUUAAUUGCUGCCUUUAAACUGGAAGAUGAGUGCGAUGUGGAGACCAGAGAUCUCUUUGUGGUUGUUGACAAUCCAGAAAAACACACAGGCACCAUGGACUCGUAUAUCACAUUUAGAUGUACUACAAGGACCACUCGCAGUGAAUAUGAUACUCAUGAAUACUGUGUGAGAAGACGAUACAAUGACUUCCUCUGGCUGCGACAGAAGUUGGAAGAGUCACACCCUACCCAUUUAGUGCCACCCCUGCCUGAAAAACACAGCUUGAAGCGCCUGGACAGGUUCAGCCCAGAGUUUAUCCGCGUACGCCAAAGAGCACUUCAGAAGUUUCUCACUCGAAUAGCAGAUCACCCUGUGCUCUCCUUCAACACACACUUCCAGGUGUUCUUAACAGCUAAGGCAUGGGAGUUUGCUGCACACAAGAAGCAGGGGUCUGGUCUGAUAAGCCGUGUGGCAGAUUCCCUUCACAACAUGGGUGCUGCAUACAUGAUGAAGUCCAGGCAACCAGAGUUCACCGCCAUGCAGGAAUACAUCCUCACCUUCUCGGACAAGCUGGGAGUGCUGGAGCGAAUAUCACAGCGCAUAGUCAAGGAACAGACUGAUUACCUAAUGGACCUGUACUCUUGGGGCCCCGUGUACACCUUGUGGUCUAACUCAGAAGAGAAGCUAACCCCAGCCCUACUGUCAAUGUCACACACCUUGGAGAAGUGUUCUGCCGCCCUCAAAGACCUGAUCGAUUCCACAGACGAUUGUUUAACUCAGCCCCUCAAAGAAUAUAUACUAUAUACUGAAGCUGUAAAGACUGUGUUACGGAGGAGAGAUGCCAUACAGAUGGAGUAUGACAUGACAGUGGAGGAAUUGAACAAGAGGAAAGAUGAAAGGGAAUUGCUGAAGAUAUCUGACCAGACAUACUCUUUUGGGGCGUUUCUUGGCAAAGAUCCAGAAGACGUCAAGCAACAGAAGCAAGAGAAGCUGGAACAACAAAUCCUUGAUCUGACGACUCAGAUGGAGCAACUCAACGAUAAAACAGUGAUCGCCAACGCAGAUCUGAAGGCAGAUAUGGAAAGAUGGCACAAGAACAAACGUCGGGACAUGAAAGAGCUGUUCAUGGCCACUUGUGAUCGAGAGAUCAAGUAUUAUGAAACGUGUUUAACAGCUUGGGAGAACGCCAUUAGGACAAUGCAAGCCCCGGACCCUAUGAUUGUGGAGAAACAAGAAGCUGUGGACUCAGGACACGGGUCUAUAGAUUAGAGCAGCUCAGUUCUCACAAGGUGAAGUGUAACAAUUAACAUAAUUAUAUAAAACAGAAAUCUUGUAUUAGUACAGUUUCAGUUCUCACAAGGUGAAGUGUAACAAUUAACAUAAUUAUAUAAAACAGAAAUCUUGUAUUAGUACAGUUUCAGUUCUCACAAGGUGAAGUGUAACAAUUAACAUAAUUAUAUAAAACAGAAAUCUUGUAUUAGUACAGUUUCAGUUCUCACAAGGUGAAGUGUAACAAUUAACAUAAUUAUAUAAAACAGAAAUCUUGUAUUAGUACAGUUAUGGUUCUAAGAGUUCAAAAGUAACUUGUGAUGGUAUGUACAGCAUAGUGGUAGUCAUAGCUGGUCCAAGGCACCAAAGUUCUGUUUGAAAAUUCCAUUGUUUUGUUACAAGUAAAAAUGACCAGACAUAAAUCUGUGGUUUAUCAUUAUACAAAGUUUAUGUCUCAUGUAUAGCAUAGGAACUCGUCAAAAAGUAGAAGACGUGCUGAGUGUGUUCAAGUAAAUGGACAAUGGCAACUCGGGUUCAAGCUGCAUUAAUCAUUAAUCAUUA